CGUCAUCCGAACCAGGUUCUCAAACAUCCGAGAAAGAAUUGAAGAUAUUGAAACAUCAACAUCUAUCAACCCCAUUGAUAUCGAAGCGAUGUUUGCCCCAGAGAUGGAUGAGUUUGAAAUGCCUCCAUCGGACAUGGAUGACGACGAAUUAGAUCUUCUCUUUUCGGUGGUGGUAAGUCGGGGUUUGUCUCUUCCCCCUACCCCCAUCGUCACGAGCCGCUUGCAGUCCCCGCUCUGACUUGGCUUCUUCUAUUUACUUGAACUAUAUAGCGCAUGCAGCUGGAUGAAGCCUUGGCAGUGGAGGAAUCGCUGGCCGCUGCCCAUGCUGCAUCCUCGCUUAAUGUUCCCCAAGCUCCAGACGGGCAAACGGAGCAACGUUUGUCUGACCGGCCCGCCUCCACUCCACCGAUUUCAUGGGGUUCAGACACGAGCAGUUUAGCCCCUUCACAUGCCGCGGCAAAUGAUGACGAGUCGGCACACCACCCAGAGUUGAAUCCCACACCUGCUCCUGGUCCGUCGUCGUCGACAAGAACUAGAACUCCAACGCCGCGGUUCAGCACUGUCGUGAAUUCCCGCAGCCGGGAGGCGCUGGCCAUGGACGCGUCUGAUGAGGAAUACGCCGACGCGGUACCCACUUCUGAUUCUUACGAAGAUGACACUGCUGAUACCCACACAACUCAAGACCUCUCCUCACGGUUUUCAUCACCUGUUUCGAACGUUGAUACGCGGAACACCGCAGCAGACAGCAACAGUGGGAACGAUAGUCGUACUCAUUCUGAUCAUAACAAUGAACCACCGUUCGUGACUGAUGGGCGGGGCCGUGUGGUGUGGAGCAGUGCGUGUACUGGUCGGGGUGGGCAAGCGGAAGGGCGAGAGGUGCCAUCGUCCCGUGCGAACCCGACGACAAAGUCGACGGCACCUGCCCGACCGUAGGGUAUCAUUUGGAGAUCAUGCUUCAUGGAGGUAUUCUGGAGCGUCGUCUUGGUGGUAGAGGUGAUCAAUGGCUGUGUACAUUUAUAAUGAUUGGCGUUUU